AUGAAGACAACAAAUACAAUUCCUAUAAAAUUACCACAUAUAUCAGUAUCGAAACGUGGCCGUCAAACAAAUCAAUUACAAUUUAUGUCAAAAGUUUUAUUCAAAACUUUAUGGAAACAUGAAUUUUCUUGGCCAUUUCAAAAACCAGUUAAUGCUGCUAAACUUCAUUUACCUGAUUAUCAUAAAAUCGUCAAAUAUCCAAUGGAUCUUGGUACAAUAAAAAAACGUCUCGAAACUAAUUAUUAUUAUAGUGCUAAAGAAUGUAUAACAGAUUUAAAUAUGAUGUUUACUGAUUGUUAUUUAUAUAAUAAACCAGGCGAAGAUGUUGUCAUUAUGGGUGCAACACUUGAAAAAGUUUUUUAUGAAAAAUUAGCUGAAAUGCCGUCAGAUGAAUUUGAAAUUGUACCUAAUGCAUCAAAAACAACAGGUUCAAAAGUUCUUGGACAAGUAAAUUCAUCAGUAUCAAUUAUUUCACCAUCAACACCAAGUGAAAGUAUAAAUUCUCCAUUAGCAUCUCCAUCAACUCCAUCAAUGGCAACACGUGCUGCAUCAGUCAAUAGUUCAUAUCCAAGUGGUACAAAUGUUCUAUCACGACAUCGUUCAUCAUCAGCAACAAAUCCUAGUGGUAUAACUUCACCAUUUUCACCAUCAAAUUCAAAUCAUAUUGAUCAUAAUGUACAAUCAAUGUCACCACCAUCAGUAUCACAAUCAAUGCCUAAUACAACAGCAAUACGUCCAACUAAUCCUGUAGCAGCAGCUAAAAUUAUAAAUGAAACACCUGUAGAUACAUCAACAUCAAGUUCAAAACGAAAAGGUGAUAUGACUGAUGAUACAAAUAAUAAUGAUCAAAAUAAAAUAACUGCUCGACGUGAUAGUGCAACAAGACGUACGAAUAGUGUUAGUGGACCAAUUAAGAGAACGAAAUAUGAUAGUAGUUUUUCUAUGGAAUCAAAUGAUCCACAAAUUAAACGAUCAAAAAGUCGUAUGACGGAACAGUUGAAGUUUUGUGUCAGUAUUAUUAAAGAUUUAUUACAUAAAAAAAAUAUGGCAUUUGUUUGGCCAUUUGCUAAACCUGUUGAUGCUAAAAAUCUUAAUCUAGAUGAUUAUCAUCAAAUUAUUAAAAAACCUAUGGAUCUUGGAACAGUGAAAAAAAAACUUGAAAAUCGUGAAUAUACAUCACCAGAUGAAUUUGCUACUGAUGUUAGACUAAUAUUUGGCAAUUGUUAUCUUUAUAAUGGACCUAAUACAGAUGUUGUAGCAAUGUGUAGAAAAGUUGAGCAAAUGUUUGAAAAUAAAUAUGCUAAAUUACCCGAUGAACCAGCAAUACCAGUAAAUGUUGAAAUAGAUCCAUCACCAUCAUCAGUUAGUACUGUGCGUAAUAAUGGUCCAAUGCCAUCAUCAACACGAAAACGUAGUCGUAAUCCAUCAAAAAAUCAUAGUAAUAUGAGUAAUACUGGACCACAAACAUCAAUGAUAACAAGUUCUGAUGAUGGUGUAUCAAGUGAUGAAAGUUCAGUUGAUGAAAUGCAAACGAAUGAUGAAAAUACUUUACAACAAUUACGUAUUCUUCAAGAUCAAAUAAAAGUAUUUGGUGAUACAAUAAAUCAAUUAAUUCAACGAGAAAAUGAUCGUGUAACAACACAUCGUAAACGUAAACCAAAAAUUAAACGAAAUAAAACUAAAGUUCGAACACCUCGACAAACAUCUACGUUACCGAAUUCUACAGCAUCUAUUUUAUCCAAUACACUUAAUGAUCAAAAUCCUUUUGCAUCAAUAACAGCAUUAAAUCAAGCUAUACUACCACCGAAUCCUCUUACUAAUACACAACAACCAAUGCCACCAACAGCUACACGUAAUUCUGCUGUACCAAUGGCAAACAAGAAAAAAGAAAAUUCUUCUAUUGCAGGCUUACUUACACCAACACCACCCACACAAUAUCCAACAGGUAGUAAUCUACCUGCACCGAAUGGUAUAAGUCAAUUUAGUAAUAUCCAUCCGGGUCAAUAUCAUGUUACCAAUACAAAUGCUGUUAAAUCAGCACAACCAACAAAAAAUGUUACACCUAUGACCGGUAUUAGUGCAGGUCUAGCUAGUCGUGGUCCUGGUAAAGGUGGUCGUGCUGUUGGUGCACCUGGUACUGGACAAAAACGAACACCAAAGAAACCUACUACAACAACAAUGCAGUCAAAUACGAAUGUUCAACCAACAAUGUCAACAUUUGACAUUGAACAUGAAGAAAAUCCUAAACCAAUGACUUAUGACGAAAAACGUCAACUAAGUCUUGAUAUUAAUAAUUUACCAAGUGAAAAACUUGGUCCUGUCGUUGAGAUUAUACAUCGUCGAGAACCAUCUUUACGUGAUUCAAGUCCCGAUGAGAUGGAAAUUGAUUUUGAAAUGCUCAAACCAUCAACGUUACGUGAAUUAGAAGCCUAUGUUAAUCAAGUUAUUAAACGAAAACCACGUAAACAACCAAAUACAUCUGCUAAUGCUGAAAAACGUAGUCUUGUCAAAGCUCAAAAUGCACAGAAAAAAGAAGAAAUACAAAAAAGACUCGAAAAAGUACAAACACAACUAGGUACUAAAACCAAACAAACAUCUGCUAGUUCAUUAACAAAACGAGAUUCGACAAAUUUUAACUCAAUCGGUGCUACAUCUGGUCUCAUAAAUGCUCCUUCAAGUCAUCCAUUAUCAUCAGUAGCUGCACCAAUAUCAUCAAAACGUUUAAGUGAAAGUUCAGCAUCAGAAAGCGAUUCUGAUUCAUCACGCAAUGGAGACGACACUGACUCCGAGUCAGGUUAG